UUAACAAGAACUUCACUUCUUAGAAAAAAGGCAACAGGGGUGCCACUCUAUUUUGUUUCAAACACUUUUACUCCAUGUACUAACAUAACUACAUCUACAACCGAUCGCAAAACUAAAGACUUACAAGAACAAAAACAUCAAUAACAUGGUUUGGAUACACGAUCAAAGAAUGCGUCUAGCAGUAGAAAAGGAAAAACUGGAGCAAUAUUUUCGACUUGGCGUGACAUGGAUUGAUCCACAACACGAAACGAAAGUGGAAGUAUUGUUAAAAAGCAACUCGGAUAAAGAAUAUAAACUUCGUAUUUAUAUUCCAGCUGACUUUCCUAACUCGUGUCCUGUUCUCGUUGUUGUUCAACCAACGAUCCUUCUUCUCAAGAACGGUUCUCGACUUCCUGAAGCCAGCUAUACUUUCCAUACGUUGCCAGAUACCCACGGCUUUCACCGUAUCUGUCACUUCUACCCACCUGAUUGGACGCCAGAUAUCACGCUAUAUCAAGUCUUUAUGAAAGGUUUGUCCUUUUUGCUAUAUAUGUUGCUGGGUCCCAAUAAGGGUUAAAUGGUGAUACAACUGUCGACACUGAUAGAAGCAAACAAAUUACUUCUCCAUUUGUUAUAUGAUAGUUAACUUAAAUUACAUCCCUUAAGUCUAUUUACUUGCAACUGAAAGACUACUACAUUUAUUGAAACGAAACUAUAUUUUCUCCAUCUGAUAACUCAGGUUAGCUCACCUGCACACUCUGCAAGACAAUAGUGCUCAGAUAAAGUGAAACCCACCCAUUUCCGGUUACUGUUAUAUAUAUGUAUAGUCAAACAUUCAGGCGAUAAUUAGGGGGAGGGGGGUAUAUAUUCACAUAUUCAUGUUCUGCCCGACGGACUUUUGCGAUUGUUUUUACGGUAUAUGAACAUGAAUAUAUGAAUAUAUCCCCAAUUAUCGCGUCUAGGAACGGCCCUGUACAUAUUGUAGUAACGGGCGACUCUAACACAGGGCUCUUUCCACUCGUUACGAAAACUAACUCGCAGGCUCGCAGCGAGUUUGCAUCUAAUUCUAAUUAACUGCCGCGCAUUGUGAUUGAAUAAAAGCACUCGCACAACGCGCAGCGAAUGGACUCUUGUGAUGAAUGGAAAGAUGGUAUAGGCGGCAGAGGAUAUGUUUGGCUAACUGUUUGGCGGCGGAUACCCCCCAAUUCCUCUAGUUUGCUCGUGAAUGUAAUUUGUUCGGGAUUUUGUUGUGUUUAGGUCGACUGUGGAUUGAAGGUUACGAGGCACAUCUAAGGACAGGUAGGAAGAUGGACGCGUUUCUGGGGGAACAACAGUACACGCCACAGCCGCGAAAUACUGCCCAGAAUAUUCAGAGAGAAAGUUUGACUGCACCAAGCCCAGUUGUACAACAAGUCCGUAACAGUCCAUUGCAAACCAUAGUAAGAUCAUCUGGUCGCAAUACGUCAUCUGCUCAUUACGGUAAUUUACCAGAAGAGCCGGUUUCUCGGUAUAGCUAUUCGGAAAGAGAGUUCAUCGGCGCUCGCUAUGUUAAUGAUCCAGUGAACACUGACCCACGUACGCAAAGACGAGCUACGUAUUCAGAUCCUGCAUCCAAUUCAAGAAGGAAUAAUCUGAACACAGCCCGGUCAAAUUCACUUGGCAGUUUCAUCCCUCCCCUACCCACCGCUCACUAUAAUGAUGAAUCCGUUUUCACGGUGACAAGGAACUCAACAGAAAGCCAAACAAGGAAUACCUACUCAAAUCCUACAACGAAUCCAAGAAGUAGCAACCCAGCCCGGUCAAAUUCACAGAAUAGUGAAAACCCUCUCUUACCCACCGCUCGCUAUGCUAAUGAACCAGUGCAAAACCCUACAGCAAAUUCUCGAAGAGGAAAUAAUCUCAACUCAGCUCGAUCAAAUUCACUCAGCAGGUUCAUCCCCCCCGCCCGCUAUGACGAUGAACCGCUGGACACAUACAUGCCACAUUAUAUAGAUAGUACUGCCCAAGAUGAAGAAUCCCAAUUCUUUAACCCUGUCCAUGAUACGAGCAGACCUUUUCCCAACUUAUCACACCAGAAUUCCUCCAGUACAGUACCAGUUGGAUCAGAGCAAGAACUGCCUCAAUGCAAUGUUUCAAAUGAAGGCUCAGCCAGUGACGCAAACAACAACGAGGAAACAACAUCACAAAAUUACCCUGCUUCUACGUCUUCACGUUACAGACCAGCUGGAGCUGUACCUAUUCUACUACCAUUCCGUGACGAAAAUGCUCCUAUAUUGCGACGUGUACCUCCAAAAGCUAAAGCGAAACCAAAGCCUCGCCGUUGAGACUUGACCAAGCCGAGUUUACACACCCAAUACACAUAUAGAUAAAAAGAAUGUUCUAGUACUGUAGAUAUGCGGACAGCUUUGAAUAUCAAACUGGUUUUAAAUACUGAGUAUGUAUUGAGUGCAAACAUGCUAUAUGUGAUUCAUGGCCCAUCCAUUUGCACAAAAAACAAAUUGAUGGCCCACCCAAGCUGAUGAAAUUAAUUUCAUGGCCCAUCCUUAUUUCCUCCGGCCCAUUCUAGUAAUUACUUCAUUA